AUGUAUGUUCAUCAUUAUUACUUCAGUCUUAACUUAGACUGUAGAUUUUUCGUGUUCUUCUAGGCUUGCCCAUUUCAUUUGAUAGUUUUAAGAACUUCGGAUGAGAGCCAACUAAGUUAGUGUAACUUUCUUUAAACACAUAGCCCUAAAUCAAAAUGUAUGAAUCAGGCUUACCACUGAAUUCUUCUGGAUUUACUGAUAUAAAACAGUCUCUAAGAAAAUUAGAUUUUCCUAUAUGUGUCAAAGAGAGUUUAAGAACUAUUGAGAAAUUGUGUUUGAGUAUUAAUGGCCUGGGGAGAGCACAAAGUAUCAAGCAGACAGAUUUUGCCAUGGAACUCAUUGCAGAAUUUGUGUUUUGUGAGGUUGACCGAAGAGGUUUCAAAAGAAAGAAAUUAAGUGCUAUCCAAGAAUUAAUGCUCUUAGAAGUUGUGUGUGACUACCUGUCUCAUCCAAACAUCAAUGAAGUGUGGCGAAAUUCUAUAUUUAUGUCUUUAUUCCCCUCAUCUCAUGGAGAUAGAUCAAGGCUGCUUGUGAAGCUUGUCUCGCUUUCAAUUUCAAUCAACAACAGUUCAGUACUAAGUGCUACAGCAGUUUUGAUUCAGCAAGUGGGGUGUACUUCUAAGUUUUCAAUUCAGCUAGCUCAGGGUCUCGUCAAUGAUCACUUCAUUUUAGUACCCAAAGGCAAUAGUUCUCUGCAGGAUUUGCCCACCAUCGCACCACUUUUCACUGCAAAUUUCUUGACUGCUGUAGCAGAAAUUUAUUAUGGCGCCGACAAAUCUUGUUUGGUUCCCCCACCUUCAAGGCUUCUGGAAGUUGUUACUCUGUGGGUAGCAGAUAAUCCUAGUCUCUGCAUAACUGCUUUGAUCAUUAACUUACAACCAGCUUUGCCUCUUGGAGGUAUACCAAUGCCCGCUGUUACACCUUAUGCAGGGCUGUUUAAGUGGUGUGUUUUGUCACCAUUAUAUGCACCUAUUGAAGACUACAGCUUGUAUUCUCAGUUACAUUUGGCUCUUUUAAACUCUUUGUUUGAAAACGAAAAAAGUGUAAGCGGGAACAAUGUGAUCUCCACCCAGAGUUUGUCUACCAUUGUUUCCUUGAUCAUAAAAACUGAAGGUGACAACAAAACUAAGCAACAAGAUAGUAUAAAUAUAUUUGCCCAAGCAGUUCAUAUGGCUCUACAUACAAGAUGUGUCUAUGGAAAUAAACAAGACAUGCUGACACAGCUUGAACUAUUGUCAUCAAAUCAGCUUAUGUCGAUUGUCAUCAAUGAACAUCGAGCAAGUAUAUGACAGGAAAUCGCCUCUACCUCCGGGUUCUCUUCUCAAUGAAGUAACUGAGGAGGAAGGGGCAAAUGAUCUUUAAAGAGAUGCCUCAACUAAAGGUGCCUGCAACGUUGUACAAUACAGCUCUCUUGAAGACAAGAUUGUGGAUUGUCCAGGUUGCCAGUACAAUAUACAAAAGUGCCGGUGACUUUGACAGUGUUCAGUGCCAACAAACAGUUUCAAAAUUCAAUCAGUAUCUAAUAACAAGUGUUCCAACUCAUAUUAUUGAUGAACUAUACAACUCCACAGACGUUUUACUUUUCGAAACGACAGCAAGUGGACAUUGCCAGAAUCUGUGUUUUAAACAAACUUUAGAUCCGAGGAUUGUCCUGUCAAUGUAUAUACAUAAAAACAUGAAGGUGCUUACUGCUCAUAAGGUAGUAAACGAUUUGUAUUGGAAACUGACUUUACCCUCUUUACAAAACCUACUAAGGCUCGAUCUCAACAAAGUGUGUACAGACGAAAUAUUGGAAGUGGUCGGAAAUCAUUGUAGGAGCCUGGAGUUUGUGAACAUCGUCUCCAAGUCGUGUCACACGCGUACUAAAGACAGACAUAACGCUUUAAAACUUCAGCUGUGCGUGUCUGAUGCCGGUUUGAAGUCUCUAUGCAGUUGCAAGCAAUUAGUCGAAAUCCAGAUGACUUGUAUUAUCAGAAAAGGUUGUGGUGGUCGUCAGAUUACAAAUGAUGGGAUUAAACAUCUCCUUCUCUCCCUGCCUAAACUUCGCCGUAUCAACUACACAGACACUGGGAUUUUGCUCGACUCCAUGUCCCCAGAUGACAAGCUAUCGCUGGUGAGCAUUACGGACUACCAUCCUCGAGCAUCCAGGAUACCGAGAAUAGAGCUUCAAUGUCCUCACCUAACAGAGCUCCACCUCACCUACGCAUUCUCUUCAGACGAUUACAGAAGUGAUGUGAUUUCUGCCUUGUCCUCGAGUGGACUCAAAAUUUCAAUUUUAAGUUUAACGAAUUUCCCAUUUGAUGACUUUUUGAAACAUUAUUUAGAGGUGAAGGGAACAUACCUAAGGGUAUUCAAUUUUGUUUCUAGCUUUAUCCAGUCUGCGAAUGAGCUGUUCAGACUACUAGGCUGGACAUGUCCUAAUUUGGAGUCGAUGCACAUGCAUUUUCAUAUAUUUGACAGGGGUUAUAUCAGCAACCAGUUUCCGUUUGUAUCCUCUACUGCAAACAAUGAGAAAUUGUUUAGCAAUCUGAAGAGUUUGAUCAUAAAAGGUGUAUAUUGGGACUCUAAUCAUAUCUUACCACUUUUGCUGAAAAAUGCUAAAUUUAUCAGGAAAAUCAUUCUGAACAACCACAGCUACUCAGGUUGUUUGGACGAUGCUCUUCGCACGGUUAUGACCAUCAAUCAAUUUUCUCAUUUGGAAAGUGCAAGCUUUUUGAAGGGGAUCAAUAUCUCCUUUCAAUUUUUCAAAUCCUUCUUAAUGUCUUGUCCUUUGUUAACAAACGUAGUGGUCGAGAGUGAAUCACAGACUUAUUAUGACUUGGUUAAUCAGUUAAGAGAGGAACUUAUCAAAAAUAAUGUUAAUUUAAAUAUUGAUAUCUACAGUUUAACUUAAGAAUCUUCAUUUUACAAGCUAUGUAUGUAUUUUUUAUACUUAGCUCAAAGGCAUCUUUAUUGUUCUAAAUAAACUGGCUGUGAAUCACUUACUUAGCACGAUAUGCACUGUUGUUUAGCUUGAGGUUUUCAUCUAAAUAAAAUAUGUUUCUUGUC